AUGGCCGCUCCUUCAACCGGUGGCCAUACAUGUGCUAUUUGCGGGAAGCAGUAUCAAAGAAGUGCUCAUCUACGCCGGCACGAAUCCACGCACGUGGAAUCCGCUAGGUACAAGUGCCUGUACUGCGAAAAGGCGUUCGCCAGACGAGAUGUGUGCCGUAAGCACACAAUCCACUGCCCCAAGAAACAAGACCAAGAAACCGUUCCAAAUCUCAAGCGCGGCCAGAAACCCCGCGCAUGCGACGCCUGCUUUCACAGCAAGCAGUCAUGCGAUACUUCUGAUCCCUGCGUGCGAUGCGUCUCUCGCAAGCUCCAAUGCACAUAUCACCGGUUGGAAGAGAGCACAUCCGUGAUCACAGAUGCAUCCUCAUCCACACCGUCCUCAUCAUUGGCCACAACCGCGGUAGGCACACCGGAUAAUGACAAGGACCGCACCAAAAUCACAGUCGCUUUCCUUCUCGGUCUGACAAAUCCCAACUCGGAGAACAUACUCGAGUUCCUCGCCAGUGAAGCAGCUGCGAGAACCGAGGGCGAUGGAAUCGAUACAACAAUGAAGGACAUGCAUGUGCCCACGCAAUACCCUCCAAACAUGCUGAUCGAUGAUGACUUCACGUUCCUCCCUUAUGGGUUUGCAUCAACAUUCGCUCCCGAGCUGAUAGACUUCAAUUCCUUGGACGUCUUGUCAGAAAACAUACUAUCCAACACUAGGAUGUCGUUUCUUGUGCCUGAAAGCCUAGAACCGCGAUCAGCCGAAAUAAUCUCGGGAUUGCAAGAACUUCAUCAUACUCUGGUUGCCACAAAUCAAUGGUAUGACGGCACCUUUGAUCUUGACACGGCAAACUCGGUGUUCUCGGCAGGCAAUCUGUGCCAAUUUGCUGCGACCUACUUCCGAGUCAGUCACCUCCACUUUCCCAUCGUUCAUCGGCCAGACUUUGGCAGUGACUAUACAACCAAACAGCUGCUCUUGGCCGUUGGACUCUCUGGGUCUCUGAGAUCACCCCCAAGCGACGAUGCCCUCGCAGCCCGUGGCUAUCUCACGCUUGCCGAGGAAUACAUUUUUCGCUGCCUUGAGCGUCUGAUGCCCCCAGGCUCAGCGCCAGAGUUCACCCAUGAGCUUGAAGAGACACUACAGGCAGCCCUCAUGAUCCACUCUGUUCAGUUCUUCCGAAACGACGUAGCAUCGCGGCGGAAGAACAGAACCCAGCGACUCCCGCAGCUUGUAUCGGCCGUACGGGUUCUCGGUCUAGCACAGACCAAACAUGCUCCCAUAUUCCAAUAUGAAGAAUUCGUGCGCAAUGAGUCAAAAAUCAGACUCGCCAUUUGGACGGCGUUAGGAGACUGGCAGCAAUGCGGCAUGUUCAAUACGCCGCCAUCGAUGACGCCUGCAGAGCUGACUUGUGAUCUGCCAAGCCCCUUGGAACUUUGGGAUGCUAAAGACGCGGCGGAGUACUAUGAAGCGGCCAACGCUCUCGGGGCCGACGGUUCUAGGCGGAUUUGUUCCGUCAAACAAUGCACCGACGCGCUGAUGGCUGAGAACUGGGUCGGCAUGGGGAGCUUCCCGUUCCAAGAUAUCAGCGGAUCCGACCUACAAUUGUUAAUUUUCGCACUUAACGGUAUGUUGGCAUCGGCCAAUCUCAUGGGAGUCUUACCUGCGUGCGCACCAGCCCUAUUGCGUGCCGUUUCCAGGUGGGAAGUCAUGUGGGACACGAUCAGGGGUCGCAUGGAGCCCGCCGUUUUCGAAAAAGCGGGCAUGAUCCGGUACAAUAGCGAGCUGUGCUGGAUAGCAAGAAAGCUCGUUCACGUCUCCAUCUCGGGAGACAAGAGUUCUGCGUACAUGCAGAAAGUUGGACACGAUUCCCUUGUGCAACUGCAUGAGUUCGUGCGUCAGUAUCGCGAUAGCUGA